AUGGCUGCCGGAGCUGUUGGUGCCACGACUGGCGGACUCCCGCCACGUUCUUCGCACACCACGUCAAACCAGCAAACCCACAAACUAGGUACGACACACGGCAGUAACGCUGGAAUGGCCCUGAGAUCGAAGCCCACCGGAACCAGGAAAAAACAGCUAAAUUCGCUCGGGAUGACCGAUCCAUUAUGCAACUAUGUAUUCCCUGGAGCAGCAAAUUGUAACUCUCACAUCCACAGUAAUGCUAAGAGCAUCAAGAAAAGCGGUGGUGUGUCUCUGUAUGUACAUGAGAGACUCAACUCCGUUCUCAGAACUGAUCUCACUUACAGUGAAAAUGCCAUUGAAUCAGUAUUUGCUGAAAUUAAAACACCAACAAAGAAUGUUCUAGUUGGGGAGAUUUAUAGAAGGCCAAAAAGUAAUAUUCAUAGCUUCAUGGAAAAAUUAAGUGAUAUCCUCACAACUGCAUGUUCUGAAAACAAACUAUGCAUACUUGCUGGAGACUUUAACUUGGAUCUUUUAACUUGUUCGACAACCAUGCAAGAAUUUGUUGGUCUCCUCAAUAGCAAAUUGUUUUUUUGUGUCACAACGAAGCCAACUAGAGUAACUGCUACAUCGGCCACCAUUCUCGAUCAUAUCUGGACAAAUGAAAUCAACAGAUCCAAAACUAACGGUAUAAUUUACUCUGACAUAACAGACCAUUUUCCCAUCUUCUCGUACAUUAGCCUUAACAACAACCUAAAAUCGAGUGAGACGAAAGUUAUUGAAUAUAGGGAGUUCAGUCCAGCAAAUAUUGAUAAACUCAGAGAGCAGUUAUCCCAAGUAUCAUGGGAUCUUGUAUAUUCAGCAUUAAAUCCUGAAGUUGCAUAUGAAAACUUUGAAACUAUUAUAAGUGCAAGCUUCAAUAAGUUUCUCCCUUUAAAAUCAAAGAUUAUAAAAAACAAACACAUCAACAAACCUUAUAUCAACAGAGAACUAAAAAACUUAAUUAAUUAUAAAAAUAAAGUACAGAGGAAAUAUGCCAAAUGGCCUUUGACCUACGGAGAGGAAUAUAAAAGGCUCCGUAAUUUAGUUACCCGCAGGUUAAGGGAAGCCAAAUCUAGAUAUUUUUCUGAAAAAUUGGAAGAAAAUGCAAGUAGUAGUAAAUCUCAAUGGAAGGUUAUUAAUACAAUUUUGAACAGAGGAAAGCAAUCGCAAAAAAUCACACUAAAAGUCAACAACGUUGAAGUUACCGACGCAACAGAAGUAGCUAACCACUUCAACGAGUAUUUCUCUGCUGUUGGAUUAGAACUUGCCAGAUCAGUUGAACCCUGCAGUCAUAAUUUUUUAGAAUUUCUUGGUGACAGGAUUAUAACUAAUUUCACAAUUGAGCAAAUUACAGAAGCUGAACUCAUUAACAUUAUAAAAAAAAUUGAAAAAUUCCUCUCCAGACCAGUCUCAAUUUUGCCAGCAAUUAGUAAAAUACUAGAGAAAAUCAUUUGUACCAAACUACUGCAGCAUCUUGCUGACUCAAAUAUCAUAACACCAUGUCAAUUUGGCUUCGUAAACAGCAAAUCUACAGAUAUAGCAGUCACUACUUUUACCAAUGAUGUGUACAGAGCCUUUGACAAUCGAGAAUUUGUAUUAAGCUUAUUUUUGGAUUUAUCCAAGGCCUUUGAUACCAUUGACCACAACAUCUUACUGUCUAAACUGGAACAUUAUGGAAUCAGGAAUACGUCUCUCAAUGACAGCAACAUUUAUGCAUCGGGUCCCUCAUUACACCAUCUCAUCACUAUGGCUAAUGAGGAACUUAAGAAAAUACUGAAAUGGCUAUUAAGCAACAAAUUAACUCUAAAUACUGAGAAGUCUCAUUUCCUCAUUUUUAAUAGGAAUAAAGUAAUUCCUAAUGACCUCCCACAAUUAAAGAUGGACCUUAUUGGUAUGGGGAGGAGCUCAUACUACCUCUUUGCAACCACUAGUGAAGGCACAAAAAAGGGUCUUGCAUUCUGUAUCGAGGCCCAAAAAUCUGGAAUAACCUACCCGAGCAUGUUAGGAACAGUAUAA